AUGAACACAGAUGGCAUCUACAGCAAGCCAACUAGCACUCAAGACAUCAGUAGCACGCCAACUAGCCUUAAAGUCAUCAACAUCAAGCCAAGUAAGCCAACUAGCCCCAACGUCAUCGGCAGCAAGCCACCUAUCCGUAAAGGCUUUAACAAUAAGCCACAAGCCGUCAAGUCAUCAGAAGCAAGCAAACUAGCCCUCAAAUCAUCAAGCAGCCCACAGACGAGCAACCCUGGAGCCAAGCAGUCCAGGAGCCAACCAGCCCAAGAGCCAACCACGGAGCAAGCUGUCCAGGAGCCAACCAGCCCAGGAGCCAACCAGCCCAGCAGCCAACCACGGGACGAGCAGAACCAGGAGCCGACCAGCCAGGAGCCAACCAGCCCAGGAGCCAACCAGCCCAGGAGCCAACCAGCCCAGCAGCCAACCACGGGACGAGCAGAACCAGGAGCCGACCAGCCCAGGAGCCAACCACGGAUGGCCCAAGAUGUACACACUAAGUUGAAACAGUGGCCCAAGAUGUACACAACCAAGUUGAUACAGAGGCCCAAGAUGUACACACCAAGUUGA